AUGCUGCUCCUGGGGCUGCUCCUGCUGCUGCUCCUCGUCACCAGCGUCCACCUGCUAUGGGGCCGCAGGGAGCCCUGCAAGCUGCACCUCCCACCACUGGCCCCCGGCUUCUUGCAUCUGCUGCAGCCCAACCUCCCCAUCUACCUCCUGGGCCUGGCGCAGAGGCUCGGGCCUAUCUACAGACUCCGCUUGGGGCAACAGGAGGUGGUGGUGCUGAACUCGAAGAGGACCAUCGAGGAGGCCAUGGUCACCAAGGCGGUGGACUUUGCCGGCAGACCCCAGGGAGCAGUCUACAGGAUGCUCUUCGGGGACCAUCCAGACAUCUCCCUGGGAGACUACACCCGCCUCUGGAAGGCCCACAAACGGCUCGCGCGCUCCGCCCUGCUGCACGGCCUGCACAACUUCCUGGAGCCUUGGAUGGAGAAGGCGACCCAGGAGUUCUGUGAGGGCAUGAGAGCCCAGGCCGGUACCCCCGUGAACAUCCAGAAGGAAUUCUCUCUGCUCACCUGCUCCAUCAUCUAUUACCUCAGCUUCACAGACAAGGAGGACACAUUAGUCCCAGUCUUUCACAGCAAUAUCCAAGACUUGCAGUCCGCCUGGGAACACUGGUCCACCCAGAUUUUGGACAUCUUUCCUUUUCUCAGGUUCCUCCCCUUGCCGGGCCACAGGAGGCUGAAGCGGGCUCUGGAGAAGAGGGGCUUCCUGAUAGAGAAGCAGCUGCAGCAGCAUAAGGAGAGCAUGGUGGCAGGCCAGCCGAGGGACAUGACCGACUACAUGCUCCAGGAAGUCAGCAGGCAGCCGGGGGAAAGGCGCCUGGAGCUCCAUGAAAGGCACGUGGCGACGGCGGUGCUGGACCUGAUGAUCGGGGGCACCGAGACCACGGCGAACACCCUGUCCUGGGCUGUCCUGUUCUUGCUUCACCACCCUGAGCUCCAGGAGCGACUGCAGGAGGAGCUGGAUGUACAGCUGGGCCCCGGAGUCUCCGAUUGCCCAGUCCAGUACAGAGACCGCUGGCGGCUGCCCUUGCUCAACGCCACCAUCUCGGAGGUGAUGCGCCUGCGGCCGGUGGUGCCCCUGGCCCUGCCUCACUACACCAAGCGGCCCACCAGCAUCCUGGGCUACGACAUCCCCCAGGACACGGUGGUCAUCCCCAACCUGCAAGGCGCCCUGCUGGAUCCCACCUUCUGGGAGCAGCCGCGCGAGUUCCGGCCGGACCGCUUCUUGGACACAGCCAGCAGCACCAGCAUCGGCUCACUGCCCUUUGGCUACGGGCCCCGCUCCUGCCCGGGAGAGCCGCUGGCGCGCCUGGAGGUCUUCCUGGUGCUGGUGCAUCUGCUGCAGGCCUUCACGCUGCUGCCGCCAGAGGGCGCCCUGCCCUCGCUGGAGCCCCAGCCCUACUCCUCCCUCUCCCUCAGGGUCCAGCCUUUCCAGGUGCGGCUGCAGCCUCGCGGGCCGGGCACCAGCCCCGCGCCGGUCCAACGCCAGUGACCAG